ACCCACGUUCUCCGCAGGCUGAGCGCGGUGUCCACGAUAUGGCGUCCGAGCGCCUCCCGAGCCGGCCCGCCUGCCUGCUGGUGGCCAGCGGCGCCGCCGAAGGUGUGUCAGCCCAGUCCUUUCUUCACUGCUUCACAAUGGCCAGCACUGCCUUCAACCUGCAGGUGGCCACCCCUGGGGGCAAGCCCAUGGACUUUGUGGGUGUGACAGAGAGCAACGCCCGCUGGGUGCAAGACUUCCGCCUGAAGGCCCAUGCCAGCCCUGCCAAGCUCGAGUCUAUUGACGGUGCCCGGUACCAUGCCCUUCUGAUCCCCAGCUGUCCUGGGGCCCUGGUUGACUUGGCCAGCAGUGGGUCCUUGGCCCGGAUCCUGCAGCACUUCCACUCUGAGAGCAAGCCCAUUUGUGCUGUCGGUCAUGGAGUUGCUGCCCUGUGCUGUGCCACCAACGAGGACAGAUCAUGGGUGUUUCACGGCUACAGCUUGACGGGGCCCUCAGUGUGUGAGCUCGUCAGGGCCCCUGGCUUUGCCCGCCUGCCACUCAUCGUGGAAGACUUUGUGAAGGACUCUGGCGCCAGCUUCAGUGCUAGUGAGCCUGAUGCCACUCAUGUUGUGCUGGACCGCCACCUUGUCACAGGCCAGAACGCCAGCUCCACUGUCCCUGCUGUACAGAACCUGCUUUUCCUCUGCGGCAGCCGGAAAUGAGCUUGUUAGGCGGAUGCUGCCACCUCCAGAUAGCCUGAGUGUCUCCUCUGUGAGCCUCCAGGGACCCUGCCACUUCCGUCCUGACAAAAGACCUUCCAGUCUGGCCCUGGUGACCAGAAAUGAGCCCUUAGGGUGGUGGCUCGAAGGUAAAGGGGCCAAAACCCUGACCCCUGCACAUCCUCCUCUCGUAGGAGGCAGAGACAAGACCCUGGCUCUGAGGGAGCUGUGCUGGCCACCAGGGAGUCCUCAAGGGUUCUUCCAGCAGGGACUGGGGCCUGGAGGGAGCCAGCGACAUGGGUGCUGGGGUGGGCACUUACCCUGCUAUGGCCUGCUUGCUGCCUACCACCUUUUAGCUGUUGGGUUUUUUGGGUGGUGGAGCAGAACUUAUCCUGGCCUAAGGUGAGCAGGGAAACUUCUGGUAGUUGCAGCCUCCUGUCCACUCAAGCCCUGCCUGGUGUGGGGUUCAGAAAACAAUGGGGACCCCAUCUAAGCUCCAGGAUGAUCUGAAGGCAAUGGGGACUCAUCUAAGCUCCUCAGAUAUUGUCCCAUCCUGUGUAAACACUGAGCAAAGGUCACUUUUGUCAGUAUCACACCUGUGGGGCUCUCCAGAAAGUGUUGCUUUCUACGGUUCUGGCCAGAGGCAGCUGCUGUCUUGCAUGGUCCACUUGGAGGGAGCUGGCACAGGUGGGUGCGAGCACCCCUUGUGGAGCAGGGGUGGUAGGGGUCCCUGCCUCUCAGACCCUAGGCAGCCCUUUCUGGGGACCUGCUUCCCUCCUAGGUGCUGCUCAUCACCGUCAGCCUCCUGGGAUGCCUGGACUGGGCUAGGGCCCUCCAGGGGUCUGCCCACUGGCUCUCAGGUGGCUCAGGCCACCCUGAGUUUGUGCCUUCACCCUUCUGCCUACCUCCCCAUCUCAGUCUGUCCUCCAGCCCUGGGCAUCUGCUAGGGCCUGGCAGGAGGCCCCUGGUGAUUAUAAAACUGAUUAUAAAACUGUUCAGUAAGGAAAGUUCAGAACAGAGUGGAAGAAGGAAGCAAGGCACAGCCCCACCUCGAAGGCCACUUCCCACCAGCCUCCAGCAAGCCACGCCUACAAGUCUGCUCAUACAACACUUGGCCACCAGCCUCAGUCUGCCCCAGGUCUGCUCUUUUCCUAGUGUGGGGAUGUCUCUGUACAAAAACUUCUGUAUUUAAAAGUUUGAGAUCAUGACUUAAUGUCUCAGUCCAUUCAGGCUCACACACAAAAAUGCCAUAUUGGGUGACGCCUGUGGCUCAAAGGAGUAAGGUGUUGGCCCCAUAUGCCAGAGGUGGCGGGUUCAAACCCAGCCCUGGCCAAAAACCGGAAAAAAAAAGUGCCAUAAACCGGGUGACUUAUGAACAACAGUAAUGUUUCUUGUGGUUUUGGAGGCUGGAAGCCCAAGAUGGAGACACUGGUGUUAGUCUCACACCUAAGGACUCCACCCUGUGAACUUAGGGCUGGGGAUCUUGGCAUACGAAUUUCGGAGAGACACAGACAUCCAGACCAUAACAGAGGUUGCAGACCUAAUGUUUGCUGAGCGCCUCUGGUGGGCUCAGCAGCUCAGGUCAAGGCAUGUGUGUGAAGAGGUGAGGGCUGACCUGGGCAAGCUGCCCUCAAUUCUCUUCCUUCUGCAGCCAUGUGCAAGGUUCUGGGCCUGCUCCAAGGGCCUCCCCACUAUGCUCAGUCCUCUCCAGGGCACCAGGCAGGGAAGAGAAUAGCAAAGGAAUAAGCCCCCAAAGUGGCAGUUGGGUGGGUGAGGGUUUCCCCAUAUGCCCCAUGUGUGUUGAAUAAAAAAAAUCCAACCCUGUAAAUAUGGUACAUGAAAGGAUAUAUAAAAGUUCA